CACUAUUGGAUGUAUCGAUUGCACUCACAUCGCAAUCUUUCCUCCAACAGAACAUAAUAAUCCUGAGCAUAUAUAUACGUCAACAGAAAAGGCUAUCACUCGAUUAAUACACAGUUGAUCUGUGAUUGGUGUUUAAGAAUAAUGAAUGUAAACGCAUGUUACCCUGGCAGCAGUCAUGAUUCGUACAUUUGGAAUAAUUCCAAUGUAAAGAAUGCAAUUAUCCAUCUAUACAGACGAUAUCCGAACAAUAAUUUUCAUUUACUAGGUGACUCAGGAUAUCCCUUACGGCCUUGGAUAAUGACUCCUGUAACGGAUGCAGCGCAAAAUAGUCCGGAAGAAGCAUAUAAUAAAAAGCAAAUGAAAUGUCGCGCAUUAAUAGAACAGUGCAAUGGUGUAUUAAAAAUGCGUUUUAGAUGUUUAUUGAAACAUAAAGUGCUACAUUAUGCUCCACCAAUAGCAUCAAAAAUUAUACAUACCUGUGUUAUAUUCCACAAUAUAUGUAUCAGUGAAAAUGUACAAAUGCCAUUGGAGGUUAAUGAUGAUUUUGACGAACUGGACUUUGGAAUAUAUAAUAAUAAAAAUUUUAUUGAAAAUGAAAGAAAUAACGGACCUGAAAGAAACAUUCGAAGAAUCGAUCCAGAUUUAACUGCUGGAAGAAUAAAACGGCGACAAAUUAUGAGAAAUUAUUUUCGCUGA